CUCGCUUGCGUUUCACUACUUUCCUUUGGCAACUCCAUGCAGCAUCGUAUACCUCUUACUCCUGCUGCUUGGAGCAACUGGCUAACAUAUGAGAAGCCAAGCCAGGAACGACAACACCAACAUAACUUAAUUCUCGUCUCUGACCCUUCACAACCCGUCAUUGCCAACUCUGAUAAAGAGAAUCAGCAACCUCAAGUUCAAUCCAAUAGCCUUCAUUUGUUAUGCCUGAUAUGCCAUGGCCGCUUUAUCAUAACAAUAACAAGUCAAUUGGAAUCAGAUUCUCGGACAUGUACCGGCGUGGACUACAAGACCCACCAUUUCCACCAAGACGGUGCCUACUCUGAUCGCUGCUGUGGUUGCGACUUCCAAGUGACAUGGGACUACAAAGACCCGUUGCUGGCUAUGUCCGUCAUAGAGAGCAUGUCUGAUACUCGUAAGGUCAAUAUUUCUUAUGCAGACCAUGCACAAGGACAAGUAGCUUCUGCUCCAACCGUCGCUUCUGCGCUCGCCACCAUACUGGUUUACAUACGCGAUAUGCUUACUGGCGUUCGGCGCAAUAUCAACAUUCAGAACAAAAGCUUCGUUGUACGAAUAGGUGCAGAUAGCGCUAGUACACAAUUGUUCGGUACCUUGGGGUUCAAACUUGAGGAAAACAUGUUAAUAUCAACUUUGGGGACUGAACCUGAAGAUGAGCUGCUGUUGCAGAUUGUGCGCCAAGAAAUAGAAGCGACCCUGGCCAGCAUCCGCAGUCCACAUGGUUACCUCAGCAUACCAGACGAAAGCAUCGUCCCUCACUUUGAAUCAGCUAUCCCGGCAUUAGAGACUUUCCUCGGAGGUCAAUAUGACCGAAGAACCGCAAACAGUACUGUUUCUACCAAUGAAGAAUUCAGCUUGCUUGGAGGUGUUCCAGAUAUGGCCGACAACGUCAUAGUGUGGUUAUAUAGGCUAUUAGUGAAUGAACAACCGCAAAAUCACUCUGGAUGGUUGGAUACCCUGGAAAAGAUAGCGCAAGCAACUAAAAGUGAAGAGCUUCCAACAGAAGUGGCUAUAGAACAUAGCCAAGGUGUAUUUGGUCUCACAGAUGUAACCAGAGCCUAUCAACACUUUGACCUUGCUGACCCACAAAAUGUCGAUGACGAUUUAAUUCUGGGCUUAUACGACAUCAAAAUGACGGAUGAGCCGGCCAAUGCUAAACAUCAUCUGGACAUGCUCCGUGUCAUUGCAAACCAUAGGCAGAGUGACAAACUGUUCCAUUUACUCAGCUCUGUUGGCGACUAUGAAAGACCGAAGAAGCUUAAUGUCGAUAAAACUGCAUCUGAUGUUCCUGCCGCACCGUUUACUGCGGAAGCAGCAUUUUCAGAAACCCCAGUCGGUCUGAACAAUAUUGGAAAUACGUGCUAUUUAAAUAGUUUGCUUCAGUAUUAUUUCACCUUGAAGGAACUUAGAGACACCGUCCUAGACAUGGAUAUGUAUGUAGAGCAUGAAGAUGACCCUGAAUGGGAAGAAAAAAGAAUAGGUGGCAUCAAAGUCGGUCAUAAUGAAGUGAGACUCGCUAAACAAUUUGUGACUCUGCUGAGGGAACUGUUCUUAAACUUGACUCAUACGCAUCAACUUUCCAUUGCUCCACAAGAGAACCUAGCCUACAUGGCCCUUACUAGCGCUGACGAAAUUGCAAACUCUACUGAGAACUUUUUGGCUCCCAUCACCACAGCUCAGCCCUCCUCCGAUGAAACAAGCCUAGUGGGUCCUGUGAAUGCCGAUACCGGUAAAGAAAGCAAUGCCAAGCAGGAACUGGAAGCUGUAGCCGAAGAGGAGGAAGCCGUGACACCUGAUUCCCAAGGGAAUGCCGAAGUACCAGAAGCCAUGGAUGUACUCACGGAAGAAAGUAAUCCUGAUACAAUGGAUGAAAUUGUCACAUCGGAAGCGGAUGCCCAAGCUCCUUCUGUCCAUGAGAAUGAUGUUUCUGAAAAUGACAACAUGAAGGUCGAUGAAGAAGGCGACACGUCAUCUACUGAACUGCAACUUGACCAAGAUGAAGCUACACAGUCACCUCCUGAUGAAACUAAUCAUGUGUCUAGCCAGCUACGAAGUACACCGUCCACAGAAACCCUUGCGACUACUGGAAGUCAAGCUACUGUUAACGAAGCAGUCGAUAUACCCCCAUUGCCAGAACGAAGACCAGUGCCUCCUCCACCAUCUUAUGCCACCACAGAAGGUAAAGGCAAGGUCACCGAAAGCACCAAUCCUUUCGAGUCAAAUGUUCGUGCACAAGAUCCAUCCAAAAUGUUAUUUGGUCGCCAACAGGAUGUAACAGAAUGCAUGGGCAACUGCAUGUACUUUUUUGAGGCGGCUUUACGACCCACAGCAUCGGAUGAAAGCUCGUCUGACGAGAAGACAGAUCUAGUCAAGGAACUAUUUUACGGAAAAGCCAGACAAAUUCUAUCCUACAACAACGAGGAGACCAACCAGCUGGUCACCAAGAUUAAGGAAGAGGAGUUUUCUCAUUUGAUUGUGGAUGCAGCGGAAGGCAAAAACUUGUACGAUGGGCUCGAUGAAUACUUUUUCGCAGACGAUGUUGAUGACUAUCAAGGAGGCAACUGUGCUGUCCGAGAGGUUGCUGUGACGCAAUUUCCUCCCAUUCUACAAGUGCAAGUGCAGCGUGUCCAAUUUGACCGCCGGUCGGCCAGAGUUUACAAGUCCAAUGCUUUCGUACAGUUUGAUGAAACUAUCUACUUGGAUCGCUACUUGGAUAGUAAUUUUGAUACGCUAGCUGAUCGACGCAAACGCGUUACUGAAUGCCGAAAGGAAAUCGAUACUUACAAGGCUGAUAUCACUGAGCUGACUGAGAAUAAGAAAUACCCCAUGCCUGUUGCAGAGAUGCUAGAGAUCACGACCAAGAUAUUACAAGAUAAUCAAGCUAAUAGCAGCAUUUCCAGUGAAGAUCAUGAAAAGGUCAUGCGCAUUUUGGAAGAAGAAAUCAAAGCCGUCAAAAGUAAAAUAAGUGAUCGGGAAAGUAGAAUUGAGAGUCUCAUAAAGGAAGUCAGUACCAAGUACGACGAUUUACAAGAGUGUAAAUACCAGCUACAUGCAGUUUUUAUUCAUCAAGGACAAGCCAAUUACGGUCAUUACUGGAUAUACAUUCGGGACCAUGUUGGUGGAAAAUGGUGGAAGUAUAAUGAUACAAAUGUGAGUGAGGUCAAUGAGGCCGAGAUUUUCAAGGAUACCACGGGUUCGACGGCCAAUCCAUACUUUUUAGUGUAUGUGCGAUCGUCAGGUAAGCAGGCAUCUGAUAAAAGUCCAGAAAACGAUGAUCUCAUUACUAACAAUGUAUACUCAGAUCUCGCUAAGCACGUUAUGACCAUCUGUCGAAAGAAACUCAGUCAAUAAAAAACCGCCUUCUACAUUUUUCUGGAUAGUUCACUAACUCCGAAAGAACUGCGGUCAUGACUAAAAAAGAGAUGAUGGAUUACCAUGGCAACAUGACUGCCAAACGACAGAUCAAGGAGGUCAUGCCUUCUGACACGUACCUUAUUAAAGACAUGUCUUCUGCACAAUAAAUAGAUUUUAACCCAUGCACGUUUUCCACUUUACGUGGUGCUCACGUUGACUGCUGAUUGUGCGGAGAAUGAAGCAUCUCGAAAAAUUUGCUAGGAACAACAAAAAAAUUAUAUAAGCAGCUGCC